AUGAGAAUUAAAUUCUUCGCGUUGAUCGUCGUCUCUUGGGGUUUGUUUAUUGCCGUUCGGUGGGUGCAAUUGCACGCGCAUUUGAACGUGCAUUUGGAUUACGAUAUGCUGCAUCAUCGUCCUCAAUAUCACCUUCGCGUUGUUGGUGGUUCUUCCUCUCGAUUGAAACGAACGAAUACUGAUAAUAAUAUUUAUGAUGAUGAUGAUGAGAAUGGUGAUGUGACUACAGGUAGUGCUGCCACCAAAAGGGCAAAAACGUCAAAGUUUUUAGGUGAAGGAGGAGGCGCGAGGAGUGAGAGUACUAAAGAUAAUAGACGAGAGAUGAUAAAUAGAAGCAAUGACAACAACAACAACAACAACAACAACAACAACAACAACAACAAAGCGAUGGUGAUGGGGAGUGGGAGCCAAGAUGCGGAGAGCAGUAGUUUUACGUCGAGUAGCGAAGACGAAGACGCGGUGGAUAUUGCCGCGGUAUCGAACAAUAACAACAACAACGACGACGCAGACGGCGAUGGUAGUAGUAGAAGUAAAAACAACAAUGAGGUGAUCAUAUCUGCGACAACGUGGGCGGCGGAAGUUUUAGAAGCCGUUCGAUCGAUAAAUGAAGGCGCGACGACGUUUGAAGACGCGCACACGCGAUUUGAGAUGUUCGCGAAAGCUGGGUAUAGAUUGACGAAAAUUUCCAUGUCGGAUGUGUUUGCGAGUUUGAAGAGGCAGGCGAGAGGGAAGCGAUUCGACGUAGACGUAGCGAGAGAGAAGUUAGACGCGUACAUGAAAGCAAAAGGGGACAGGGGCUUAACCGCGGAUGUGGCGAAAGACGACGUUUUGAGACAUUUGGCGCACGAGAUGCACGCGGCGAUUGUCCAGGCGAGAGUGAGCACGAGACCGCCUCCGGCCGCGCAGUAUAAACCUGAUUCCGAAUUUGCGUCCUCUUUUGGCAAAUUAGAAGAACUCGCGAGAACGGCUAAAGAUAGACAGAACGCGGCAGAGAGCUCUAUUCAUGGGGCCGUCGAGGAGUUGAAGAACGCGGAACGCGCGACGAGUAACUCGGACAUGAACGACGACGAGAAUUUAGAAAACAUAGAUUUAACGGAAGGUUUGUCGCCGCAAUCGAUCUCGUCGGCGAUGGUUUUAGAUAAAGCAGAAGUAGCGAUGAUUAGCGAACGUCGGUCGGAACAAUUAUUCGCAGCUGGUAUUAUCGGCGAAUGGUCGGAUUGGGGUGCGUGUGUCCGAAUACCUGGAAGCGCGACAGGCGACGAGUGUCAACGCACGCGCACGUUCGCGCACUCGAGAAAUUUCGGUCGGUGCUUUAAAUUAGAAAAGAACGUAGAUUUGAUGUCCAGAGAGAAGAUGAUUGAAUCCCUUGGUUUUGCAAAACCAGAAGAGGUAAACAACUGCAUGGUGAAACCGCAAACGAUGAGAUGCGAUUGCUCUUCUUCUUCUUCUUCUUCUUCUUCAUCUUCUUCAUCCGACGGAGGAGGAGGGAAGGAUUUAUUCUUUACGAAUAACAAAGCCGCGUUGGAUGCAGACGCGGACGUGAUUUUUGGCAACAACAAAGCAGCCAUCGAAACGAAGUGUUUAGUAGACCAACUCACGGACGCGUACGGGUACGCGGAACGGUUCGUCGCCGCGCACAAAGCGCACGACGACGCGAAAACGGCGAAAUCGGCGAGUAGCCCGAUGCGUUUGCGAUGGCCGCUCCCAAACGCCACCGCUUUGAAAGUCGAUCCGCAACUGGUCAACUUGGAAAUUACGAAAGAUACGUUCGAGUGCGUCGGAAACGUUGGUGCUGGAGAACGCAAACGCGCGUACGUGACUACGGUCGCCCCUGGACCGAACGGAAACGACGCCAUUUGGAGAUUCUUCUUCCACCCGUUGCUCGUCAAGCUUUUACCGCAAUCCGAAACGAUUUCAAAGAAACGUCCGUAUAAAACGUGUGCGGUCGUGGCCAACUCAGGAUUGAUGUUGAAACACGAAUACGGCGAAGAGAUUGAUCAACACGACGGCGUCUUCCGAAUCAAUUACCCGCCAGUGAAGAAAUUCUCCAAGCACGUCGGCAGCCGAACGACGCACGACAUCGUGAACAUGCACCACGCGCAACGCCUAGGAUUCAACGACGCCAGGACGUUACGGAUUAACGAUCCAGACGUGUGCGACGCGAAAGUUUGUUUGGGCACGUUAAUCAAGUGUCGAAUGAAAGGAUGUCACGCUGAGCCGCUCAUUUUUAAGCAAGAGGAAGAUAUCGAUUUAACCGACCCGAACUGGCGCAGACGCGAAAUGCUCAAGAAGAUGAAAAAGCCGGAAAACAGUCGGUUAGUCCUCUACGAGACCACCUUGAGCAUGGCGUGGCGAAGAAAAUUCAUCCAACUCAUUCUCCGUCGGUUUAAGCCUCCGAUGACGUCUUUGCUCUCUCCAGAUUUUAUCGUUCGCGCCAACGCGCUUUGGAACUCGGUGAGUAAAGACGCGCUCUCGGAAGCCGCCGAGAGAGGCGAACAGACGCCGAACUGCGCGUUAACCGCGCAAAGAGCCAAGGACGCGAAGGAAAAUUGGCGCAAACGCAGAGGCGCGAUUUCCAUCUCCAACGCCAUGAACCAAGAGGAAUCGUGCAAACCAAAUUCCGGAUGGUUCGCCAUCGUCGCCGCCGCUCAGCAGUGCGACAAAGUCACGCUCUACGGCUUUAGCGCCUGGAAAAAAGACAGCAACGGGUCCAAGAGCGGGAGUAACAGUAAAGACAAAAGCUUGGACAAAGACGACGUGAAAUACCACUACUUUGACGACGUGCCUGGCGUAGAUACCGUCCAUUCCUUCGAGUUGACUUUAGAGAGUUUGAGACUGUUAAAAAACGCAUAUCCCGCAGUUCUGGACAUCCGAGAAGAGAGAGAAAAGGAGCGUCGUUGA